AUGGGUCUUGGAGUUCUAGAAGGCAAGCAACACUCCGCUCCCCUUGACAGGAAGCUGGACCACGUUCCUGGGACGGUCUUGCUGAACGACGAAGCCGCCCACUCGGAAGCCAUCACCUCGGGGCUUAAGCAUGGAAAAGGCAGUGAUGCUCAUAUCGUGCUGUCGCCUCAACCCAGCGAAGACCCCAACGAUCCCUUGAACUGGCCACUGUGGAAAAAGGAAGUCAUCAUCGCCAUCCUUUGCUUCGGCUCGAUGCUUAAUGCCGGUACCAAUGGACCUUUCCUCAAUGCGUCGUACUUCGAAAUGGCUCAGCAGCUGAACACGAACAUCACCACCGUUGUCUUGGUCUCUGGAUACAACCUUUUGGCUGCGGGAUGCAUUGGACCAUUCGUUUCUGCUUUCAGUCGCAAAUACGGCAAAAGACCAGUCUUCCUUGUCUCUACGCUCUUCGAUAUUGUUGGGACCGCCAUCGGCGAGUCUAAAAUAUCCUACAAAUACCUCCUAGCCGCCCGCAUCGUCCAAGGGUUUUCGACAUCGGCCUUUGAAUCCCUCAUUGUGGCAACUGUCGGCGACAUGUACUUUGUGCACCAGCGCGGUCUGCGAAUCUCCAUCAUCAACUUCAUCCUCAACUCGGCCUCCAGCCUGGCAUCCGUCAUCUGCGGCCAGGUCUUUCAAAAACUGGGCUGGCUGUGGCUGUUCCACAUGUUCCAGAUCUUCCUGGUGGUGCAAUUUGUGCUCAUGUUCCUCUUCUGCCCCGAGACGACGUACAUCCGUGAUACGCGCUACAACACUGAUACUGCAGUGGAUGAGAAGCUGCAGGAUUUGGCUGUGAUCGAGGCCACACACAAGGAGAUGGUGGGUGAGCCGGGACAGGGCGAACGCACGGAUGUGCCCCGGAAGAAGACCUUUGUGCAAGAGCUGGCCGUCUGGACGGGCGUCUACUCGCACGAAAACAUCCUGAAAUUCCUCUUUGGACCUUUCUUGACUCUUCUCAACCCGGCGGCCUGUUAUGCAGUCAUUGCGUCUGGCGUGCUCAACAGCUGGUAUGUCGGAUCCGCCAUUAUCUUGUCGGGCAUCUUCUCCGGCCCUCCGUGGAAGUUCAAUGCGUCGCAAAUUGGAUACGUUGGCUUUGGUCCUUUUAUCGGCGGAUUGAUCGGGUCGAUCAUCACGGGCGUCACGAGUGACCAUGUCAUCAAAUACCUGGGUCGGAAGAACAAGGGCGUCUACGAGCCCGAGUUCCGUCUGGUGUUCAUGGCGCCUGCCGGUGUCGCGUGUGGCGUCGGAAUGUUCCUGUUCGGGUAUACUCUCGCCGUGGGCGCUUCAGCCGGACUGUGCGCGUUCCUGCAAGGCGUCAUGAUGGUUGGCGUGUUGAUCGGCAUCUUCGCGACGCUGUCGUACGGCCUGGACUCGUUCCGGGAUCAGAGCAACGAGAUCUUUGUCAUGAACAUGCUUUUCAAGAACUUCAUGUUCUACGGCCUCUCCAACUACGCCAACAACUGGGUCGCGGCCAACGGACCCGAGCAGAUCAUGUACGUCUUCGGCGGGACCUCGAUCUUCCUCUCCCUCCUGGCCAUCCCUGUGUACAUAUUCGGCAAGCGCCUGCGCAGCUGGUGGGCCAGACACGAUUUGUUCAAGGUGCUGAAGAUGCAGAUCCACGGCCCGGUCAGCGAGAUGGGAUAG